CCCCCGACAACUGUCUCCAGCGCAGGGACUCCCAGCUCUGUUUUUUCCCUGCCCCCUGCACUCCCCGAGCUCUCCGAAAUUGCUCUUCUUCCCGGUGGCUGUAACUGACUGCCCCUACAGCCGAGGAGAUGGCAGAAAAGCAGGAGGAACCCAGCAACACCCAGAAUGGUGAACCCGACAACGCAGAGGAGGGCGAGGGGAAAACGAAGAAGAAGGUGAAGAGGGAAGACCUGCCUCCGUUUGAAAUCGUGACAGGGGAACGCCUCCCAGCCAUAUUUUUCAAGUUCCAGUUCAGGAACGUGGAAUACAGCUCAGGCAGGAACAAAACCUUCCUGUGUUACGUUGUAGAGACCCAAGGCAAAGAGUCGACGACUUCCCGGGGUUACCUGGAAGAUGAGCACACAGCCUCCCAUGCAGAAAUCGCUUUCUUUAACACCAUUUUGCCAAAGUGUGAAUCGAGCCUCCGCUACAACAUCACCUGGUACGUCUCCUCCAGCCCCUGCGUGGCCUGCGCCGACCGGAUCAGCGAGACCCUGAGGAAGAACAAGAACCUGCGCCUGACCAUCAUGGUGGGACGCCUCUUCAUGUGGGAGGAGCCAGACAUGCAGGCUGCCCUGAAAAAAAUGAAGUCUGCUGGCUGCAAGCUGAGGAUCAUGAAGCCUCAAGACUUUGAGUACGUCUGGCAGAACUUUGUGGAACAGGAAGAAGGAGAGGAAGCAAAGGCUUUCGUGCCAUGGGAGGACAUUCAAGAGAACUUCCAGUACUACGAGGAGAAGUUGGCUGAGAUUCUGCAGUGAAGCUCACGCCCAUCUCAGGAAAGAUCCACACAGAGACACAACUGACUUGGACACUGGGACACCCCUGCCUCCCAGAGCUUUGAAUCCAGCAGAUGCAGUGCCAGCUUCUGGAA